UUUAAUCUCUCCUUGAUAUUAAGAAGUUUAAUCGUUUUCGUGUGGAUGACGAUGAUGUUCGAAUUCACGCGGGGUCAACUGAUUAGGCCGGUUUACGUGUACGAGGGUUUAAUUAAGAGUAUACAUGAUUACUUUAACAACACGUGCAUCUUACUCUUGCAUACCAAUCCGAAUCCUAUCGAGACACAGGGACUCAUGGAAGCUGAACGCUUGCUACGUCUUCAGAAAUACCUGAGUUCGACGCUUCACAUACGCACCGCGCUCAUGGAUUUUAAUAUGUUCAAAGCACGAGUUGGGCAAAGCUAUUAUCACAUCAAGAGACCGUUGUUCGUCAUAUUAAACGACCAUGAAGAUACGAGGAAUAGUUUUGCGAGUCAGGUAUCGACAUGGAUCGCAAUGGCUUAUCCUACUUGGCUGGUCUUCUUCAAUAACGAGACUAAAAUCGAAGAUUUUUUAUUUGAUAUUUACGUGCCGUUUGAUUGUAAAUUUAUGGUAGCUCGAAGCAGUGUCAAUGAAGUCGGCAAAGAAAUCAUCACUGAAGUUUAUCAAGUUGACAAAGAAAAAGAACUAAGAUCGAUGCAGUUUGGUGUGUGGGAUGUGGCAAAGGGUCUGAAGGGUCCUACACGCGGCCUAUUUUUACGAAGAAACGAUCUUUUCGGCCAGAAUAUACGCGUUACAUCGGUGCACGAUCCCCCUAUUAGUCUGUUUCAUCGUAAUGAACAGAACGAGAUAACAGGAAUGAGCGGCUUUUUCGGAGAAGUAAUUUUACUGUUGCAGGAAGGGAUGAAUUGCACAUUUACAUACACGGAGGCCAAAACGUGGGGCAGAUGUCUACCAAACGGGUCGUGUACAGGUGCCGUCGGGAUGUUAAUGAAUAAUGAUGUCGACUUCGCGGCGACAGAAUUCAUGAUGACCUCGGAUAGAUUAGACGUCAUCAGUUUUACUUCACCCAUUUAUACAACCAGAUGCCGUGCAUACAUUAAACGGCCAGCAGCGGCGAAUGUAAAAUGGGAUGCUUAUUCGGCACCGUUCUCCGUAAGCAUCUGGGGUGUCAUCGCUCUUUUCAUAAUAAUUAUGAGUGGAUCGAUCGUAUUCAUUCAGAAGCUAUUUGCGUUCGCAUCGAUAUAUCGACAACAUGAUCGUUCAUCGUCGAGAUUUACGGAGAUUUUGUUUUUUGUCAUAGGAGCGUUUUGCAGCCAAGGUAUGGAGCAAUCUACACUGGAUCCUGAAAGAAUGAUGCAUUUCGUAAUUCAUUUAACAGCCGUCGUGAUCAUAGCCGCAUAUUCUGCUGCCCUGAUUAGUUUUCUUACUGUUAAUACAUUUAUUAUGCCUUUUACGACCAUGGAUGGUCUUCUGAAAGAUGGAACUUAUCGUUUCGGUGUGGUUGGCGAUUCGGCUGACUUUAGUUUCUUUCAGAAUACAUCAGAUAAAAUAAUGAACGUAUUGUUCGAUAAACUGUUGAUGAAAGAAACUAAUUUACCAAGUAAUUAUUUGGACGGCUUAGACCGUGUUUGCAAGGAGGACAAGUACGCCUUUAUGAUUUUAGACAAUAUGGCAGCGUUGUUACAACAGAAAGUUAAUUGCAAAUUGGAGCCACUGGACGCGAUUACGCAAACUACUAUAGCAAUGGCUUUGCAACCCAACAGUCCGUACCGUGGUAUUAUUAAUACAAAUAUUCUUUUGUUGAGAGACAGCGGAAUCAUGCAGCGUUUGAUGCAAACACAAUGGUCCGUUCAGCUAAGUGGAGCACAAUCAUCGUGGAAGUCGGUCGAGAUUGGUGAUAUAGUGCCAUUGCUGCUUCUUAUAAUCGCCGCUUUGAUUAUUAGUUACUUUGUUUAUAUUAUAGAACGCAUUGCGUAUAAAAAUCUUCUUAAACGAAUGAAAGUAGAAAUGAAUGUACCGCGAUGAACUGAGGAUGUAAAUCGAGUGUUACAUUGUUACAUCUUUAUUUAA